GUGUAAUUUCGCAGGCAGCUCUUCUCCCCACUCUCUCUCCAAAUCCACCGUUUUUCUGUUAUACAGUUAGUUACCUCUACCUCAGACUCUUCUAAACUUGGGACACCAGACCAGAGCCACCAUAUCCAUGAAGAAGCUCAACAACAGCAGCAACAUGACCAACCUAUUUGAUUUCUUCACCGAUGAGAUCAUCCACACCAUCCUCGACCAUCUAAACGACGACCCAUUUGCCAAAAAGUCCUUCUCUUUGGUCUGCAAGUCCUUCUACUUCAUCGAGCGUCUUCACCGCAAAUCCCUCAAGCCCCUUCGCUCUGAGCUCCUAUGUAGAACUCUCCAUCGCUACCCUUCAAUUUCUCACCUCGACCUAUCUCUCUGUCCACGUGUCGACGAUCCAUCACUCACCUCACUCUCUGUUUCAUGGAAAUCGACGCUCCGUUCGAUCAAUCUCUCGCGCUCCAGAGACUUUACCAGCAUUGGGUUGCUGCGAUUGGCUACCAACUGCUCUUCUCUGGUCGAGAUUGACUUGUCCAACGGCACUGAGUUGACUGACUCGGCGGCCAAAGCGAUCGCAGAGGCUAAGAACUUGGAGAGGCUGAUUUUGGCGAGGUGUAAAUUGAUUACGGAUAUUGGGAUUGGGUGUGUGGCUGUUGGGUGUAAAAAGCUGAGAUUGCUUUGCUUGAGGUGGUGCUUACGUGUCACUGAUUUGGGUGUUGGGUUGAUCGCUAUGAAAUGCAAGGACCUUCGGAGUUUGGAUCUCUCUUGUUUGCCGAUCACAGAAAAAUGUCUCCCACAUAUCCUGCAAUUACAACAUCUUGAAGAUUUAAUUCUUGAAGGAUGCCUUGGAAUUGAUGAUGAAGGCCUUGUGACCCUUAAGCAUAGUUGCAAGUCCCUCAAGAUGCUUAAUCUGUCAAAAUGUCAGAAUGUUAGCCAUGUGGGUUUGUCUUCUCUGACAAAUGGUGCUGAACACCUGAAGCAGCUUGUCUUAGCAUAUGGUCCUUCGGUCACCACUGACCUAGGAAAAUGCCUACUUAAUUAUUCGAGGUUGAAAUCGAUUAGCUUAGAUGGCUGUUUAGUUACAUGUUCUGGGACAAAAGCCAUUGGAAGUUGGUGUGCCUCACUGAGAGAGCUGAGCUUAAGUAAGUGCUUGGGAGUUACAGAUGAGUGUGUCUCCUUCCUCGUGCAAGCCCAUAGAGAGUUGCAGAAAUUAGACAUCACCUGCUGUCGCAAAAUAACUUCUGCCUCUAUAGAUUGCAUAACAAAAUCAUGCACCUUCCUCACUUCCCUCAGGAUGGAAUCGUGUAGCCUGGUUUCUGAAGAUGCUUUUCUGUUGAUUGGACUGCAUUGCCAAUUCUUGGAGGAAUUGGAUGUCACAGAUAACGAAAUCAACAAUGAAGGCUUAAAGUCUAUCUCAAGAUGUUCCAAACUUUGUAGUCUAAAACUGGGGAUUUGCUUGAACAUUACUGAUGAUGGACUUACCCGCAUUGGAAGUGGCUGUCCAAAGCUUAAGGAGCUUGAUUUGUACAGGUGCUUGGGAAUAACUGAUGUGGGCAUUGCAAAAAUUGCUUGCGGAUGUCCUACUAUGGAGAUGAUUAACAUUGCUUAUAAUGAUAAAAUUACAGAUUCUUCAUUAAUAUCAUUGUCACAGUGUUUGAGGUUAAAGAUACUUGAAAUUAGAGGAUGUCCUAGUGUCUCAACAGUGGGUCUUUCAGCUAUUGCUGGGUCAUGUAGGCAACUUGAAGUUCUGGACAUAAAAAAGUGCUUCAACAUCAAUGAUAAUGGAAUGCUUGCACUUGGUCAAUCUUGCCAAAACCUCAGACAGAUAAACUUGUCAUAUUGUUCAGUUACGGAUGUUGGGCUCUUAUCUCUUGCCAGUACCAACCGCCUGCAGAACAUGACUAUUUUGCAUUUGACGGGAUUGACCCCAAACGGCCUUGCAGCUGCCCUAUUGGCAUGUGGAGGCCUAACAAAAGUCAAGCUUCACACAUCCUUGAAACCAUUGCUUCCAAAAUAUAUCUUUGGGUACAUGGAAGGCCGUGGUUGUGUGUUUCAUUGGAGAGACAAAGCAUUCCAGGAGAAAAUAGAUCCAAAUGGGUGGCAACUGCAUGCUGGAAGGUCUCCUGAAGCUGCAUAGAUUGGGAAGAAAAAGUGAAAACCGGACAUGUAUAGUGCUUAUAACAAUGAGUCAAUGACCAUUAACGACAUAAUCAAGACCCUUCCAAUUUGUUCAAUUCUCCCAAUACCCCAAAACAGGUACUAGCAUUCCUCUGUUGUUUGGCACGUUGAAGGGGUGCUGCAAAAAUACAAGUAUAUGUCUAUUUGUUUUGUUCAAUUAGAGAAGCUGGCUUCAUGCUGUAACCUGCAUGAACCGACCACCUUUAAACUUGACUAUAUCUUGCAUUUGUUAUUCUUUCCAAUUCUGCUGCAUAUCAAACAUCGAACAUUAUCUAGCUAAUCUAGUCUUAUGUUAGACCCAACAAGACACCAUUAGUUUUAUUUUAUUAAUCCAAUCUUGCAUGCAAGACAAGAGAAGGUCGAUACUGGAUAUAACUUGGCAGACUGUUUCAGUCUGCUGGGUACACAUGAGCAGGCAAACGAAGCUUUACAAGUGCAAGCAGAGGCUUAGUGAGGCUGAGUUCAUCCUUUUACUCGGUGAGGUCAAUUCUGGACUCAGUGGGUGGCACAUUCCAACUAAACCCAUGAAGAAGCCUAGCAAAUAACAUGACAGUCUUUGAAGUGUCAAGUGCAGUCGUUACGCAUCCACACAUUCCAGUGCUGAAUGAUUAUGAAGUGCAGCUCUGUCUCUGUGAGCAAGACCGCAGACGAUCAUCUUCCUUGAGAUGACGCUUGGGCAUAAACUUGAGAGGUUCAUCCCAGACUUUAGUGUUGCGGCCAAGUCAUGGGUGGCUACGCAGCACAUGGCUUCCCUUGGGGAUGAAGUAAUUGGCAACUGUCGUGUUGGAGAAUGGAUACGUGGGGGACAUUAAAGGGUGCAAUGGGGUGGAGGCGCAAGGCCUCUCUAGCACAAGCCUUGACAUGGUUGAGCUGUGACAAAUCUGACUCUUGGACUAGUCUUUCCCUGCCAACCACCAUCCAAUUCUUGUGUUGCAAAAUAUUUAUGUUAAAUUCAUUUACGUAUAUGAUAAAGAAAGAAAAGAAAAGAAAUUCAUGCAUACAUAAUAAUUAGCGAGA